AUGGCCGACGCCGAAGAAGCCGCGCCGAAGGAGGACAAGGGCGCCCGCGCUCUAGAAUGCCAGCAGGACAACCCGAAAAGGGACCAGUCCAAGUCCUGGAGGCGCUACGAAGCUUAUAAGAGUGCGACGACCGUCGCCGAAUUCCUGGCCAAGGGCGGCACGCCGGCCGAUUUAGCACACGACGUGGGCAAGGGCUUCGUCUGGUAUUUGGAUGAAGGUCCGCAUAUAAAUCCGGUCGCGAAGCGGGAACGCAAACCAGCGACGGAAAAGCCAAAAAAAGCCGCAAAAACACCUCUCGCGAAGGACGACCCGUGGGCCGCGUGGAAUGAUGAUGAUCUGGACGACGUGUGUGAUGCGUGCGGCCGAUCGACGCUGACUGAAAGUGGUCAGCCGAUGAGCAACGUCCUGAUCUGCGAAAUCUGCGAGGCGGAGAGACAUCUGACGUGCUCCGGUCUCAGUGAUCCUCCGGAGGGCGACUAUGUGUGCCCCGAAUGUAGUGAGAGGAAGCGGCCGGCGAAGAAGGCGCCGCGGUCCGAUGAUCUGUCAGCUAGAGCUCGACAGCUAUCCUCGAGAUGCCUGAAGUGUGGGCAGAGCGGCGAAUCACAAAGAGAAUUGUACUUCUGCGAAGUAGCAGGCUGCUACGGCGCCUGGCACGGCGACUGCUUCGAGUAUCACCCGUCAGAAUCACAUUUACUAAUCAAGUGUCCUCAGUGUCGAGAUCAGGUACCUUUGUCGCCGGCUCCCUCCGACUUCUGGCGCGUCCAGUACCCGGAAGACAUGGAUUUAGCCGAGCGAGGUCGCCUCCAUCAGAUCCUGCUGGACCAAGCGCAGUCGUUGCCGCGAAAUUUACAAGACGAUUUUCUGGCGGGGUAUGGCUGCGUUUUACCGAAGGACGACCGGAAAAGGAAAGCGGCUGUUUUAAUUCCAGCACCCUCCCAACGGUACUGGCCCCAGCCGCCGCCGCAGCAGGCGCGGGCGAUUGGUGGGGGUUGGUGGGCCAAACCAGACGUCUCUUCGGGCCGGGAGUACUACGUCCACGAGACGACGGGCGAGUGCACCUGGGACCCGCCGACCUAAGAGUGUUUCUUGACUCGCGGCGGCGGCGUUGGGGGUCGUUUAUUGAGCUAGCCCCUCUAGCACGGCCCGUACACGUGUCACCGCGGCGUACUGUAGGGAUUGGCGACAGCCGGCCCGCAAAAUCCCGCCUCGCCGGCAAUGAUCCAGUUUGAGGGGAUACCGUCCCUGGGCGCGGCUUCCAGGGUUAGGAAAUCGCGCUAGCGGCCUGUACUUACAGGUAAGACACUAGCAACCUACAAGCGGCCGAGCACAAGCCAAUAGCCAGCCUUCCGGGCUGUUACGCAUGCGUUUGGGAAUCCUCUGAACCGCAGCAUUGCUGCAAGAUCCCAAAUUUGCAUCGCUUCGAUCGCUGCGGGCACACAAUGCGCCGCAAGCGCUCGACCAUCGACACAGCCUCCGCGCGAGCACCGCAAACGACGUACGAGCCGAACCAGUGGCGCGAGCUGGUCAAAGUGGCAUUGCUCGCCUCCGCGUUCAUCGGCGCCUACGCGACGGGCGCGGCAUUAUCACCUGUCGAAGAGCCCGCGCCGGCAGCAGCAGCGGCACCACCACCACCGCCACCACCGCCGCCGCCAGAGAUCCUCCCCUGCUCACAACACAACUUCAUCACAAUUGUACUACCAUCAGUAGUCAACCCCCCAAAACGGCCACAACGUUUACAAGCCAUCGCACAGACCUGGGGGCCAAAAGCGCGCGCGGUUUUUGUGACGACGAAGGCGUCGCCCUAUCCACCUCUACCAUUCCCGGCGCCGUGUGGAGGGUACCCCUACGCGCUGCAAGUACCUGCGUCGAUCGGCGAGGAAUUGGGAGUGGAACGUUUGCGCUGGGUCCUCGCCCAAGCGUUACUCGCAAAGGCUUCCUACGUGUUCAUGGCCAACGACCACACGGCGGUCAUUCCCGAGAAUCUUGCGUGUUUUCUGAAGAGCAUAGAUCCGAGCAAACCGGCGUACGCGGGUAGGGCAUUAGCGCAAAAACGGGGCAAAAGUGUCGAGAUCUUCAACAGCGGCGCCGCCGGCUACGUUCUUACGAGGCCGACGCUGGAGUUGGUGGAGCGGCACUGGGGCACGGCCCCGUGCGACGCCAAGAGAGGAGAGAAGUGGCUCCAAGGAAAUCCGGGCUUGGUAUUAGCAAGGUGCCUGCAGCGCCACGGCGUCAAACCAGUAGACACUCAAAAAGAAGAAGAAGGCCACCGCUUCCACGCCUACGGCCCCGUGCGCAUUGCCACAAAGGCGCUCGACGACUGGUACGUCCGCAUGAACAGCAACUUGCCCUGGCCGUCGUACGACGGCUGCGCUUCCGAUGCAAUCUCGUUCCACUACGUCGAAAGUGCGGAGCAGCACGCCAUUUAUGAUGCGGUGCGAAGUGACUUGGAUGCGGUUCUGGAGCGGUGGCCGAAGGCUCCUUCGGACUUGGGUGGGUAUUCGCGGCACUGGCGGAACGACGACCAGCGAAACGAGGUGCGCGACUUGCUCGCGGCUAUCAAGCUGGCGACGCCGGAUUCGUGCCGCGCGUGA